AUAGAUGAUGACGUUCUAUCACGUGUUAAGUUUGUUCCUGUUUAUCCAUUUCCGGUUUCUUCGAAUUUUGUAUUCCCGGCAUCUUCUUGCAAUACAGUGAAUGUUUCAGAUAGAUUGCUGGCAAAUGAUUUGAAAACAAUAUCGUUCAUCCUUUGGAGAUGUCUGUUCGUCGGUACGUGUUAUAUUGUUGUUGUGUUGAGGAAGAAAAGGACGACAACUCUAGUCCACCACGUGUCAGUUAUCAGCCAUUCACGAACGAGUCCCUGGAUCAUCACGCCAAGAAUGACAACCAGUCGAUUGAGCUAACCACAUUUGAACACGAGGAAGUAAAAUCCCACAUAGGAGAGACUAACAAAGGAGCGGGCCAGGCGGACGGACGGACAUGGCGAGACGAAGAUCUGUGCUUCAAGCACCGCCGCGUGCUGUACUGCCGACGUACGUCGCUAAGCAUGACGAAUCUAUUUGACCCCGUAAAAGCGGACAAGGAAGAGGAAAUAAACCAGUGUUUAUCCGCAGCUCAGAAACGCUGUACAUAUCCACCCUCUAGGAGGAAGAACGGAAUGAAUAUGUUAGUGCGGCAUAAUCCACUGCAAAAUUAUCGUAAAUUAGAAUCCGACUCUGACAACUCGAGCAAGGACAGCAUUUCCACGUCAUCAUCUUGUGAAUCACAAUCAUCGACAGACCAGGAACCGGAAGUGACGUUACGGAAGAUGCCAGAGCAAAAGUGUGGAUCGAAAUUGCCAUGCAAAUAAAGGCUAUAUGUAUGUCAAUGCCGAAAUACCGGAAGAAGAACGUCCAAACGUGGAGUCAACCUGUCCUCUUUGUAAAGUAGAAAGCAAGCAAAGCACAGUGGUGCUGAACUCAUGACUGAAUAUAUGACGCUGAACACGUGAACGGAAGUAUGAAGCUGAACUCGUAAACGGAAGUAUGAAUCUGAACACGUGACCGAAGGUAUCAGUCUUUAUUCGAAUAAAUACAUGUAACCAAACAGGAAGAAAACGUUGUUAGCCAUGGUCUGUGUACUUGCCAUGGUCUGUGUACUUG